AUGCCGCUUCACCCCCUCCAUCAUUUUCAUUCGCACACAGUCGCAUCCCAGCAGCGCCCUCCCCUCCUGUUUCUCUCCGCCUGGAAAGAUGCUGCUCCGGUGCUUGCUGAAGAAGCUCCGGCCCGCCCGGCCGCUUGCCCGAGCUUCGCGGAGGUCUGUUCGUUCCUGGAGCGGUACGGAGCAGUGCUGGACCUGCCCGAGAUGACUUUCCCGCAGAUGGAGAGGUAUCUGCGGGACACAACGACAGUUCCUAAACCCCUGGUGGAGCUCCACGUGAAGCUGCUCAGAAAACUGGGGAGGUCUGUGACCACUGACCGCUGGGAGAAAUACCUGGCUAAGGUGUGUGAGGAGAUCAACAUCACCUGGGCCUGGGAGCUGGAACAGAAGGGCUACCAGGAGUUGUCCAUGGAGUGCAAGUCCAUGCAUCCUAAAAGUAGACAUGCCCGUUUUUAGUCAAUGCAACAAGUGUUACUAAAAUAUCUCUGCGAGUGUCAGUUUGAUGACAACCUGAAGUUCAAGAUGGCGAUCAAUGAGGAGGACCCAGAGAAGAUGCGCCUCCAGCCAAUAGGCCGGGACCAGCAGGGCCUGAUGUACUGGCUGCAGCUGGACCCUGAGCAGAACAUCCGCCUGUACACGGAGGAGCAGGACGACCUGGACGGCUCCACCUGGAAGUGCAUCGUCAGGAACCGCACUGACCUGGCGGAGGCUUUGGAGCUGCUAAAGGGCCAGGUUGAACCCAAACAAGUCAGGAACCAGGACCAGAACCAGAACCUGGAUAGGAGCGCCAGCCCCACACAGACAGGUGCAGGGGGUGAGGCUGUUGGAGGCACCAAGACCCCAGAGGAACACACUGACAGUGGGGGGGGUGACCUUGUAAAGGCAGAGGAACACCGAACAGAAGUGAUACAGCUGGAGCACACCCAGCCGGGGAACACUGAGGUGAAGGAAGAGAAGACAGAACACAUAUCAUCACCUGUCUUUGACAACCGCGUGAGCACCAUAACCACCGUCAUCAAAUCAGAAUCCAGGGACACUGACAAUCCAAAAAAUGCUGUGUCGGUUGUCAUGGCACCAGGUGCGACUGUGACAAAGCAGGAAGUGAACAAGGAGGAGGAAAGUGAGCGGGCUGUGGUCACUCGCAGCGAGCAGGCCAAGAUUACCACUGAAGAAGAGGGAGUGAAGCUGGCGGAGAGCUUCAGUAACCACCUGAAGAACAGCAAAGCAGCAUCAUCGUUGUGCAACCCCUCCGUCAUCCAGGCCAAGGCCCCCCCCUCGCAGCAGCUCCUGGUCACUGCAUCAAGUCAAGAACUGAGCAACGGAAGGGCCCCUCUGCCCCCGCCCCACAAAGAGGGUCACAAUGGAGUCAUUGGGGUCAUAGGUCAGGUCGGCGUUAUAGGUCAUGGAGUCAUCCGCAGCCCGCUGGAGCGCCAUAGAGCCACCGGGGCUGAGCAGCAGGAACUAAACGGGCCCAGUUUAGACCAGCGGGGGGGGGAAGACAGGGAGGUGAGCCGGCAGUCAGUGCUGGUGAGGAAGGGGGCUGCUGAGGGGGAGACGAUGACAGGAGCAGCAGCAGCCAGCGCAUCCUCCUGCCUCCUGCAGGAGCCCCUCCUCACUGCCCUGCCCUCAGAGGACCCUCAGGGACACACUGCAGAGGACCCAGGGUCAACAAAGGGGAGGAGGGGGGGGAGUGUGUCUGGAUGCCCUGUGGAAGAAGGAGGAAGUAAAGAUGACCAGGAAGAUAAAAGCACUUUGGCAAAGGUGGAGGCAGAACCAGAGAGCAUCUCUCCAACUCUUAGAAAAGUUGACCAGGAGGAGAAAAAGGAGCAGCAGGGGAGGGGGGGUCAAUUGUGGGACCCAGUCAGGGUGAAGGACACUGGGCUUGCAUCAGGGGAGAGGAGGGGUCCCCUGGAGGAAGCCUCCUCUGAGCUCCAGAAAGAAGGAAUCAGGCUGAAGAUCAAGAUCCCCCCCCAUCGCAGGAGCAAGCUAAGGGGGAAAGGGGGAAAGGAGGGGCAGAAAGAGAGGGGGGAGGAGGAGGUGCAAGAUGAAGGGAGGAUGCUCAGGAGAUCCUCCAGGAUCUGCAGAUCAUCUGCUUUGCCAAACUGCAGGCCAAGCUCCAAGGCUUCUGAGAGCCAGAGAAAGAAACCUAAAGAAACACAGGCACCUCUCUAACAGAAUGAGGAGGAAGGGGGGGAGGAGGAGGAGGAGGAGGAGGAGGAAGAGGAAGAGGAGCAUGAAGAGGAGCAGAGCUUAACGACAAAGAAAGAGGGAAAAAAGGAACCUGUUGGGCAAAUAAGAAACGACGGGUAAUUAUUUUCAUGUGGUAAGCGGAGGCACCGGCGCCCCCGCUGGUCCAACAUCCGUGUUAAGAGACGCAAACUGAACGAGGAAGAGGAGGUGGAGGACCGAGGGAGGAAACGAGGAGAGGGGGAGAGUGAAGAAGGGAGUGAUUCUGAAGAAUUGUGUAAAUCAGAGGAGCUUCCCAGUGAGGACGCCUGCAGUCACUGCGGACUGCCCAACCACCCGAACUGUCCUCAGAGGGGGGUCACAGAGUCUCAGAGGGGGUCUCAGAGUCUCAGAGGGGUCACAGAGUCUCAGAGGGGAGUCUCAGAGGGGGGUCACAGAGUCUCAAAGGGAGUCUCAGAGGGGGUCACAGAGUCCCAAAGGGAGUCUCAGAGGGGGUCACAGAGUCUCAGAGGGGGUCACAGAGGGGGUCACAGAGUCUCAGAGGGGGUCACAGAGUCUCAAAGGGAGUCUCAGAGGGGGUCACAAGAGUCUCAGAGGGGAGUCACAGAGGGGGUCACAGAGUCUCUAGAGGGGGUCACAGAGUCUCAAAGGGAGUCUCAGAGGGGGGUCACAGAGUCUCAGAGGGGGUCACAGAGUCUCAAAGGGAGUCUCAGAGGGGGUCACAGAGUCUCAGAGGGAGUCUCAGAGGGGGUCUCAGAGGGGGUCACAGAGUCUCAAAGGGAGUCUCAGAGGGGGUCACAGAGUCUCAAAGGGAGUCUCAGAGGGGGUCACAGAGUCUCAAAGGGAGUCUCAGAGGGGGUCACAGAGUCUCAAAGGGAGUCUCAGAGGGGUCACAGAGUCUCAGAGGGGGUCUCAGAGGGGGUCAGAGUCUCAGAGGGGGUCUCAGAGGGGGUCACAGAGUCUCAAAGGGAGUCUCAGAGGGGGUCACAGAGUCUCAAAGGGAGUCUCAGAGGGGGUCACAGAGUCUCAAAGGAGUCUCAGAGGGGUCACAGAGUCUCAAGGGAGUCUCAGAGGGGGUCACAGAGUCUCAAAGGGAGUCUCAGAGGGGGUCACAGAGGUCAGAGGGGUCACAGAGUCUCAAAGGGAGUCUCAGAGGGGUCACAGAGUCUCAAAGGGAGUCUCAGAGGGGGUCACAGAGUCUCAAAGGGAGUCUCAGAGGGGGUCACAGAGUCUCAAAGGGAGUCUCAGAGGGGGUCACAGAGUCUCAGAGGAGGGUCAGAGUCUCAGAGGGGGUCACAGAGUCUCGAGGGGGUCACAGAGUCUCAAAGGGAGUCUCAGAGGGGGUCACAGAGUCUCAGAGGGGGUCACAGAGUCUCAAAGGGAGUCUCAGAGGGGGUCACAGAGUCUCAAAGGGAGUCUCAGAGGGGUCACAGAGUCUCAGAGGGUGGUCACAGAGUCUCAAAGGGAGUCUCAGAGGGGUCACAGAGUCUCAAAGGGAGUCUCAGAGGGGGUCACAGAGUCUCAGAGGGGGUCACAGAGUCUCAAAGGGAGUCUCAGAGGGGGUCACAGAGUCUCAAAGGGAUCCUGCUGUGUGACUCCUGUGACAGUGGGUACCACACCGCUUGUCUGCGGCCGCCACUCAUGUUGAUUCCAGACGGACAGUGGUUCUGUCCACCCUGCCAACAUAAGCUGCUGUGUGAGAAACUGGAGGAGCAUCUGCUGAACCUGGACAGUGCUCUGAAGAAAAGAGAGAGAGCAGAGAGGAGACGGGAGCGUCUGGUGUACGUGGGGAUCAGUGUGGAGAACAUCAUACCUGAGGGGGAUGAGGUGGAAGAGGAGAAGACCACAAAGAAGAAAGAUCCCAAAAAGAGCAAACAUCUGGGGAGGAGAUCCACCAGAACCAGGAAGCACAUCAGCUACAGGUUUGAUGAUUUUGAUGAUGCCAUCGAUGAGGCUAUAGAUGAGGACAUCAGGGACCUCUGUGGGGGAGCACGGCGGGGUAGAAACCUCACGGCCAUCCUAUCAGAGGAAGGGAAGGAGAGCCAGCGGCCAAUCAGAGGCCAGGCUCACGCUGCCAGGAACAGGAAGAGGCGGAGACUGAACGACCUGGAGAGCGACAGCACGGCAGCUGAGAGUGAAGACGAGUUCAUGCUCAGCAACAGCUCAGAGGAAGAGGAGUUUGGUGCGUCAGGGCCUGAUGAUGACGAGGAGGAAGAUGAAGAUGCCGGCAGCGAUGUAGGCAGCUUAGACAUCGGGUCGCGUUCUAAACGGGCAGGGAGGGGGGCACCUAAGCCCCGCCCUGGAAAGACCCAGCGGCGGGGCAGGAAGCGGCUCAGACGGCGACGAAGACGCUCCUCAGAGGAAGAGGAGGAGACUGAGGAAGAGAUGGGCUCUGAUCAGUUCAGCGACAUGACUGACAGCGACGAUGACAAAAAUAGGCGGGGCCUGAGGCGGGGCCAGCGUCAGCAGGUAAACUACCGGGAGACGUCCGAGUCCUCCGACGCCUCCCGGGCCUCCGCCAAGAAGGUGGGGGUCCGACCCCGUGGCAGACCUUGCAAGGAGCAUCUCUCCAGCGACUACAGCGACGUCACACCGUCUUCCAGAGACUCAGAGGAGGACAAUUAUGAAGACCUAGAUGAUGAUGACAGGAGACGAAGAGCGAACAAGAGGAGAAGAGAGGAGGAAGCCCUGAGGAAGAGGACGAGAGGAAGGCCGAGGAGAAACCAGAACGAGGAGGAUGAGCGGGAGCGAGGGAGGCGGCUGAAAAAGAAACGGUUAGAGAAGGACAGAGACAAGAGGAAGAGGGUGAAGAGGACGAACAGAGUAGAGGAGGACCUGGAGAAGAUGGGUCGGGGGAGGAGGAGGGAGAUCCUGUCCCAGCAGAGACGCAAGCGCCUCGCUCAGAUGCUGAAGAAGAGGAGACCUUCUACUGACGAAGAGGAGGAUGAGGACGAAGAUUCUGAGUCGGAGUCUUCAUCAGAGGAGGAUCGUCCAGUCCGCAAAAGACUCAACCGCAUUGACUCUGAUGAUGAAGAGGAAGACAGGGAGGAGGAAGAGACGAUGAAGAAGUGUUCAGAGGUGGAGAGGAGGACCGACAGUGACACUCAGGAAAAGAGGAGGGGUCGGAGCCUGUCCCCUUCAAACAGACAUCGGACCCCCAGGGGCCCAGAGGAGCUGGGGGCCGAGGGUCCUGCUGCACCCAGAGACAGAGCAGAGCCCGGCUGCCACAACGGGCCCUCGCAUCAGGAGGGGGAGGGGGAGGAAAAGGAGGAGGGGGAGGAAAAGGAGGAGGGGGAGGGCCAGACAUUAAACUCUGUCCAGAACAGUCCGCAGUCAUGAUGACGUGAACACCGUGUUUGUGGAUAAGGCUUUCUGUUUGCUUUUUUAAGUGUCAUGCCUUUCACCCACAGACAGCGUGGAUCCUGAUCCCCCCCCCUCCUGUGCUGCUCCUCCUCCUCGUGGUUGUAUUAGAGUGUUAGAGUGCUCUCUCCGUCACACACUGUACUUCAGACUCAGGAGUAUGCAUUCACACUCAUCCUCACCUCUGCUCAGCCGCCUCACAGCCGGACCGGAGCCACUUCCUGUGUCAGCGGCUGCACUUCCUGUGUGUGUCUGGCUGCACUUCCUGUGUGUGUCUGGCUACACUCACACCGCAGGAAUCACAGGAGUGUUUGGACUUCAUACUAAAGCACUUCAUCAUUCUCAGAGCACUUGCCGACCCGCAGCCAGAGGAGUCGGUGUCACCGUAACUCUUCGGAGGCUCCUCUCUUACCUCCAGACGAUCCCACCACGCAGAUACUUCUGCUUUGAUUUCUCUAGGUUUUCAAAUGUAUGUUGGGUAGUUGUUACAUGCACACUCCUAAAUAUGAUUUCCUUCAGAUCAUGUAAAGAGCAGCGGGGGGGGCACCAUGACUGCAGUUGGAAUUAGGAACUGGUUACAGGUCAUGUAUGUCAUGAGGAGCAGGGCUUUGUGAGAGUGGGAAUGAUAGUGGAAUAUGAAUGUCCAUUAGCCACAGGAGCUCAGAGGGACUAUUGUCUGUACACAUGUUGCUCUUCCCGUCUGUAAACUAUCUGCUGGUUGGAUCCUACUGGAGGUCAGUUGGAACAUCAUGAAGCAAAUGCUGUGGAGCUUUUAAAUGCAACUGCAGUACUCAUUAUUUGCUGGGACUGAUGAGGGGUCAAACUGAAGCCCCCCGCCCCACAUCAAAGCUUCAGCAACACUUGCGGUGCGUUCAGGUGCUCCUUGUCAACUGGGAAAGUCAAAAUGCAUUCUGCAGAGGUGAGCUCAGUGCUGACUCUCUGAGGAGCUGCUGAACGCUUUUAGUUGUUCUUUGCAUUAGCUUGAACUGAAUAGUUUUAAAUUGUCAGCCAAUUAGGUAUUUUAUUCUAUUUAAUGUGAUUUUAUAGAAAAAACAAAUAGUUAGUUGCAGCCCAGGUUCAUAUUUUCCUAUAUCUUCCAUCACUUAGUUGUGUACAGUUUGCUACAGUUUGCUACAGGUGGCUAACGGGAUGAAGGUUAUACUAACACAAAGAUGGAAUGACAAAUAAGGAAUAACACAGUAAAUGAAUUGGUAACCUCUGGCAGGAGCCAUAGGGAGAGAGUAGAUCCCAGAGAGAGUAGAUCCCAGAGAGAGAUGGCGUCACCUUAACGUCAACAACUCAACACAACGUUGACAACAUGAAUUUAGAUCAUUGUAUCCUCCUCUGCAUGUCCAGCAGCAUUUGAUCUGAUUCUCACGCAGAACUACUUCAGAGAUCACUCAUGGUUUUAAAUCUACUUGUUAUCCAACGUCUGCUCCCUCAAAUGUCUUAAAAAAGCACAUAUCUACUGCAGGGAAAUCCAAAAUGCUUGUGGGGACACCUGAACCCCCCUAGCAGGAUGAUUCAAGGACCUCCGUAUUUAUAAAAUCCUGCGUACGGCCAUGGUUCAGGGUGUAAAUGAUGGAUGCUCCAUUCAAUGACUUCCCUUUACUCAAGUUGACCAGGAUCACCUGAACGUGCAUCAAUAAGCUGCCCCUGCCCCCCACAGUCUGAUACUGUUGGCUCACAGCUGAAGUGUUGCUUCACCCUCCUCUCUCUGCUGGUCCCAGGUCUGCUGUACAGACUCUGCCUUGUACGCUGUAAGAUAAUAGAUGUCUGUUCUCUUAGUCCUGUUGUAAAAGAUAGUGUUAUAUUUUCUAUAUGAAGGAGAGGAGGUGUGUGGGGGUGUCGCUGCUUUGCUCCUGUUCACUCUGCAGAACACUGCUCACCUUCAUGUGGAGUCACACAUCUGAUUUUAUACCUGAGACACCAUAUUGAUAUAGCAAGCAUAUUGUAGAUUUUUGAUAACUAAUCAUCUGUGAUGUGGAUAUAAUGACCUAGUGGGUAAAGACAAAUAAUACAACAUAGAAAAUCAGCCUGUAAUGCAGCCUUUCAAAUCAGGAAAGUACGUUAAUUACAAUAUUAGGAUUUUAAAGAUUCCAAAUGUAUUCUCAUGAUAUCUGAAUGAUAUCCAUAAACUGCCCAGACAUAUUUAGAGGUUUCCUCUGGUGUUCCAGUGGAGGUGUGUUGACGGAGGGUCCCUGCCAAGCAGAAUGGAACAUUCCGUCACAGUCACAUGAUAGUCGUCCAGCUCUGACAGCCUCUGACCUGCUGAGAUUAGUGACUUCCUGCAGAGGGCAGACUUGGUGUCAGUACAAAGGUUUAGUUGAGCUGAAAACAGAUGAUGUCCAAACUGUGAGAACAGAUAUCGAGCUCUAAAGUCACUCCCACUGCUGCCACAUUCUUUAAGGCGAGACACCCCAGGUGAAUAGGGUAAUUUUUUUAACUUAAAGGUAUCAGCUA